AAUAAACAGAGUUGGCUGGACAAAUGUUCACCUUAGUGUUUUUAUUUAGUAUAAUUCUUGUCAACAUAAAUGUUCCUAAUAAUAUAAAUUGACACUUUCUUGUAGUUUUUUCUGUUCUAAUAAUGAUUUUAAUCAUCAAAUUCUGUAGGCAUCCAUCCCCCGUUUCCAGAUGUAGAAAGUUGAUUGUCCUGUUUUGUGAAUGGGUGAGUUGAAUUUUUAAUAUUUACAUGGUCGAUGCAGCUAUUUGGGAACAUUUUAUUCUAAUGUUAAGACUUCUAAGUAAUACAGCUCUAAUGAUUGUUGGUACUAUAAGUAUUGUGUUACAGAGAAAACAAAAAUGUUUCUACAUAUUGAGCAAAAUCAAAAUGUAAACAGAACUGAACGACUGUAUAAAAUAUAACUUUUCUCUAUAAUAAACAAAAUAGAUAUUACCUUCAAAAAUGGACGCUGCCGAGGAGACCGAAACGUAUCCUGAUGGUUUGUCCAUGAAAAGCGACGACUCCAUGAAUAUUCGUCAUGACUUCACUAAAGAAGUGGCUGACCGCCCAGUUAAUGUUGAGAAAUCAAACUUACCUACCUCAUCCUGUUUGUCAAUGAAAAGUGAUGUCUCCAUGAAUAUUCGUCAUGACUUCACUAAAGAAGACUCUGAGAGGGACCAACAUGACUGUUCAGAAUCGACAGAGAUGGAUGGCAAUGACAUAUUUAAGUUGGUGGAAGUACACAGCAAGAACCUUUUGCUUAGUGAGCAGAAAAGGUACAAAAGGAUGCUGUUUCCUCACCUAUCACAAUCUGAGACUGAAAAGCAGGAUGAAGACGGUUUGACUACUGCAGAUAAAAUGCAAGACAAUAGUGCCAGUGAGGGCGUUCUGAAGAUCACACUACAUGUCUUAAAGGAAAUGGGCCAAACAGAGCUCGCUGACAAACUGGAGAAACACAUUUAUGGUGAGCUUGAUGUCUGCCAGCGCAAACUCCGACACAAACUGAAAAAGUUUGAAUACAUUUAUGAGGGAGUGGCACAGCAUGGGACCCAGACACUUCUCAACAAGGUGUACACUGAGCUCUACAUCACAGAGGGAGUCAGUGGGACUGUCAAUAACGAACACGAGGUCAGGCAGAUCGAGGCUGCAAUCAGGAGACGGACAACAGAAGACAAGCCAAUCAAAUGUGAAGACAUCUUUAAGCCUCUGCCCGGACAGGACCGAUUCAUCAGAACCGUGCUGACUAAAGGAAUCUCUGGCAUUGGAAAAACGAUCUCUGUGCAAAAGUUUAAUCUGGAAUGGGCAGAGGGAAAGGUUAACCAGGAAAUCCAACUCCUGAUUAAUCUUCCGUUUCGGGAGCUGAACCUGAUGGAGAGACGCUUAACGCUAACGCAGCUUCUUCACCAUUUUCUCGCGGAGGCGAAAGAAUCAGGAAUUUCAAAUUUUGACAAAUACAAGCUCAUGCUGAUAUUUGAUGGGUUGGAUGAGUGCCGCCUUCCCCUGGACUUUGACCGCAACGAUCCCUGCCGCAGUGUUUCAGAACCAGCUUCAGUGGAUGAACUACUGACAAAUCUCAUCCAGGGGAACCUGCUGCCCUCGGCGCACAUCUGGAUUACCUCCAGGCCUGCAGCUGCAAAUCGCAUUCCAGUUGCUCUCGUUGACCGCGUGACUGAGAUACGAGGGUUCAACGACCCCCAGAAGGAGGAGUACUUCAGGAAAAAGAUCUCUGAUCAAAACAUGGCCGGUAAAGUCAUCAAGCACGUUAAAGCAACCAGGAGCCUCCAUAUCAUGUGUCACAUACCAGUCUUCAGCUGGAUAUCCGCCACCGUCCUGCAGAGGAUUUUAGAAGAAACGGAAAGGAAGAGAAAAGAGGAUGGGGUCACAGGAGAAAUGCCUACAACUCUGACACAAAUGUAUGCCAACUUUCUGGUAUACAACUCCUUGAUCAGAACCCGAAAGUAUUCAACAGAAGAAGAGGAAACGCAGCCCCAGGAGAAAGUGGAUGAAGAGAUGAUCUUCAAGCUUGGAAAACUGGCCUUUGAGCACCUGAUGAAAGGCAACAUGAUCUUCUACGAGAGUGAACUGAACGAGUACAACAUCGACGUUACUGAUGCCGCAAUAUAUUCAGGAGUGUUCACACAGAUCUCGGAGAAUGACUUCGGAUUUCAUCUGGCGAGGGUCUACUGCUUUGUGCAUCUCAGCAUUCAGGAGUUUUUUGCCGCAAUGUACGUUCUUCACACAUUCAUCUGCUUCGGUCAGAACUUGCUGGAACCACAAGAAGCCACCACUGUCCAGGAGGCUGCCAGGGAAGUAACCAACCUCCUCAAGACUGCAGUGGAUAAGGCGUUGCAGAGUGAGAACGGACACCUGGAUCUUUUCCUGCGUUUCCUUCUUGGCCUCUCGCAGACCAACAAUCAGAUGUUGUUGAAGAGAGUUCUGACCACAAUGGGCAGCAGUUCACCGAGAAAUGAGGAAAUUGUCGAGCACAUCAAGGAGAAGAUCAGGCAAAAUCUCUCCCCAGAAAGAUGCAUCAAUCUCUUCCACUGCCUCAGUGAGCUGAAUGAUCAGUCUCUUUUGGAGGAAAUCCAGAAUUACCUGAACUCCGGUAGUUUGUCAGAGACCCAACUUUCACCUUCACACUGGUCUGCUCUGGCCUUUGUGUUGCUGACCUCAAAGGAAGAGAUGGAUGAGUUUGACUUGAGGAAAUAUUCAAGAUCAGAGGAGGGUCUUCUGAGGCUGCAACCAGUGAUCAAAGAAUCCAGAGUAGUGUUGCUUAAAGAAUGCAACCUCACAGAGAAAUGCUGCGAAGCGCUUGGAGCCAUUCUAAGCAAUUCAUGUCUGAAAGAGUUGGACCUGACUGAUAAUGACCUGCAGGACUCAGGAGUUGAACUUCUGUCUGUUGGACUGGCUAGUCCAACAUGUCAGCUGGAAAAAUUGAGGCUGCCGUUCUGUGGAAUCACAGAGAUUGGCUGUGGCUUUUUGGCCGAAGCUCUGAGGGCCAACCCCACCUACCUGAAGGAACUGGAUCUGAGUUACAAUCAUCCGGGGCAACCGGGGAUGGAGCUGCUGUCCUGUUUACAGGACGACAUUGAACACCUCACUGUCAGCUUGGACGGCAAUGCAGAGUGCUACUUAAAAUCAACCCUGAAGAAAUAUGCUCGUGAGCUUACUAUGGAUCUGAAUACUGCCCAUUCACACUUGUCUUUUUCUGAAGACAACAAAAAAAUGACGCGAAUGGAAACAGCUCAGCCAUAUCCUGACAGCCCAGAGAGAUUUACAGACUGGGGACAAGUUCUUGGUGAAGAGGGUCUGUCUGAUCGUUGCUACUGGGAGCUAGAGUGGACUGGGGAAUGGAUGGGCAUAGGAGUGGCUUAUAAAGGAAUCAGCAGGAAAGCAAAAGGCAACGAUUGUGUCCUUGGCUACAAUGAUCAGUCCUGGAGUCUGCGUUACUGUCGCAGCAAAUACACGGCCUGGUACAAUAAGAGCGAUGCAGACAUAUCUGUCCCCUACUUCAACUCCAAAAGGGUUGGGGUGUUCUUGGACUGGUCAGCUGGCACUCUGUCCUUCUACGCUGUAUCCCCAAACGCCAUGACGCAUCUGCACACGUUCCACGCUGAAUUCUCUGAGCCAGUGUACCCGGGUUUCAGGCUGGGGUUUGCAGAUUCUUCAUUAAUUCUGUGCCAGCCAGAAUAGCCUUAAAUACCCCUAACUAUUCAAUGUAUAUGUUCAUAAAACAUGUGCAUAGAAUAAAUCAAAGGCUGAAAAAAGCCUUUGUUACACUUUUAAAAGAACGGUCGCACGGAUAUGAGCUGACGUGGACUCGUGAUGAGGAAACAUUUGAUACUUUUAUACUAACGCCCGGGACACACGGGGAACGUCGAGAGUGCGUGGCGUCUGCGUGGCGUGGUGGCUGCAUGAUUCAUGCGUCGGGUGUUCACACCAGCUGCAUUUCAGCUGUGUGUCAGCUGCUGCUGUCAGCCCUUUCUUUCUACAUAGAGUUUGCCUUUUAAUGU